AUGUCGGACUCUCCCACCCCGCGCAAUUUCAGUCUGCGAAACGUGAACUCAAGCAAACCCCAAGUCUACCGAACAGAGUCGCGACAGUCCGCUGCUGCAUCUGACGACUACUAUUCCUUCUCAGACCGAGCAGUUUCAUCUAGUCCAGAUAGUUGUGUGACCGCAAUGCGCUUUGCCACCCCGGACUCACAUCAAUCAUCUCGAGCAUCACCACCCCCGGUGCCUCAGAUACAACAGCCGCAGCACCAACCAAUGGCUGAAUCAAGCCCACAAUAUCAACAACAAUCACCAGCACCGGAGGACCUUGGCUCCCCACGACCAGCAACAGCCAGUACUGUUCGAUUUGGGGAAGAAAGAAUCGCCCGUAUUAGCCCCAAAUCUGAUGAUACUGUUCGACGGGUCCCAAGUGACUAUGCUGGGCCGGCGCCUACCCCAGGAUUGGACGACUCGCCCUACGUUCGCUUCGCUAUAGAUCAGCUUACCCGUGACGAGGAGGUCAAUGGACCCACGAGACAAGAUUCGGUUUCUACUAAAGACGAUUUUCCAACUGAUCGGCUUGUAUGGGACCAGGGGCUGGGCUAUUUCACCCGCGCACGCACACCCAUCCGAUACAUGGAGACACCAGCAAGGCCGAACUACAAAUCACCAUCCCCCCAGGCACUGCCGCAGAGGCCAAACUCGGUUGACCCCGAGUCGUUUGUUGCUGUGGACCCACCAGAGCAAAGCUUGUUGUACCCGCCUUUGGACUAUCUGCCUAUGGUUUUGCGGCCAUGGGCUCUGCUCAGCCUGAUCUUUUGUUGCCUGCUUAUGAUCGCAGGCGUCGUGUUUUGCAACAUCUGGUCCCACCACCAUGAGGGCCUGUGGGAUUAUAAUGGUCAAGGUGGUGCUCGAUACUUUGUCAUGCAGUUUCUCCCUCAGAUCCUCGCUGCGCCUAUAAUGAUUUGGACAUUUGUUGUCCAAGCUGCGGUCUAUCGCAUCUCUCCUUUUGCUAUGAUGUCAGCAGAGCGGAAACGGGGAUCUGUCUUGCAAGGGCUACCUAUUCUCCCAAAGAACUUUGUUAUUCCCGACUUCUCCCAUUUCCGCUACGGAGAGCCUCUGUUUGGUGUUUCGCUCUUCACAAUCUGGUUAUCCAACUUCUUUGCGAUUCCCCUCUUGAGCUGCAUUUUCCAGGCUAAGUAUUAUGUCAUGGACGGACAAGGCGUCUGGAAAUGGACUUGUGUACAAUCAGUGGGCUGGACUCUGGUGGCAUCGUAUGGUCUCUUGACUAUUGGAUUGCUGUUGCUUGUGAUCCGAUUCAUCCGUGGCUGGACUGGCCUAAUGUGGGACCCGAUCUGUCUGGCAGACCUGAUCUCCAUUAUCCAGCGAUCGAACAUUCUUCAUGACUAUGAGCACUCGGAGACCGUCCCAUCAGUACGACAGUCCCUCGAUCCCCGCGUUUUGCGACUUGGAUACUGGAAACUCUCCAUGAAGCCGGAGAUCUUCUAUGGGAUUGGCGAAGUUGAUGCUCCUAUUCGGACCCCCUCGCUGCACCAGACGGAAAAGGGUCGCGAGACACAGCCUCACGGGCUGGCCAAAGUGCGCUUCGAUCUUGAACAUCAAGGUGCCUUUGCCAAUGACCCCUUUGAUCACCAUCUAUACUCGCCUUUCACUCGAUACCGCUGGACACCCUGGUUCCUCCGCAAGCCCUCCGUCAUCGUAUGGACUAUCAUCGUGUUUGCGCUUUUUAUCGCCUUCGUCGCUGUCAGCUUCGUCAACAAUGCUAUCGAGGGCGGUUUCCCGCCCAAGCUGCCCACGAUGCCGUCCACAAGCGCAUUUUCUGCCUCCAACUUCCUCUAUAGCUUCAUCCCAGCAUUGAUCGGAAACGUUCUCUUCCUUGCCUGGCAGCCGAUUGAUACCUACUUCCGCGCCCUGCAGCCGUUCGUUGAGCUCGCGGCUCCGAACGGCGCUGCCGCAGACAAGAGCAUCCUCCUCGCCUACCCAUCUUCUCUUCCCAUCCAAGUCACCCUACAAGCCAUCAUCAACGGCCACUAUAAGGUCGCCUGGAUCUCAUUUAUGAGCCUUGUCUCAAUCGCCAUCCCAAUCCUGGCCGGCGGUGUGUUCAUCGCACUGUGGUACCCGAACCACGAAGAUAUCCGCAUUUCCUCGCUAAUGCCAGCCUUCUACGCAUUGAUCGCAUUCUGCGGCUUUUACGCCGUCUCCUUCCUGGCCAUCUGGCCAGGCCGCCGGCACUACCUCCCACACGAUAUCACCACCCUCGCCGAUCUCAUGAGCUACUUCUACCAAUCCCCCCUUCUCGCGGAUAAGCUCCUCCGUGAGCCGCGCAGCAAAACCGAUCUUGUCACCCGCCUCAUUGUCGCCCCUCCAUCGGAGCGCUUACUGCCUAUGUACGGCUUCGGAAUUUACGUCGGCCGCGACGGCAAGGAGCAUCUUGGCAUCGAUCGCUUCCAUCGCCCUGGGCGAACCGAUAUGCUGAUUACGACUGGAACGAUGGAAACCUAA